UCCAGACUCAACCACAUCAGUAUGAGCACAGCUCCUGUCCAGACCUGACUUCAUCUCCGAGCGUCUCAUCCAUUAUUAUUUACCCUUACACUGUCAUGCACAAUCGAGGAGUUGAAACUGCGUGUAGAUGGAAUACAUUUGGGCGGUCGAAUCAUCAAAUAGACUCGCAUUAUUCUCAGGUGGUCUGCUUUUCCCACUUAAGGAGAUGUUAUAUACCGCAUUUGGAAAAGAGGACUGCCGUAUGACUGUUUAGAAUAUUAAUCAGUUUCUUUUGGGAAAGGCCUUUUUUUUUUUUUAAAUCAUGGAGGAAAGCAAUACCAGUGAAUCAGUGCCAGAUUUAAAGGAUCUGGAGGUGAAAGUGGGGAGGAAGACACCGGAGGGACUCCUGAAGUGGAUGAGAGAGGACCACAAGAUCAUUUCUCAUCAUCACCAGACAGAGAGCACUGAGACAGAGAAUAAGGGCCUGGACGAGAAGAUCCAAAAACUUAAAUUGGAGAUGGCUCAUCUACGAGCAGCAGAUGUCAAGAUCUUGAACCAGUUGCUAGCCUUGCAUGAGGGAAUUGAGGCAGUCAAAUGGCUCCUGGAAGAUCGUGGAAUGCUCACCAGCCACUGCAGCAGUCUGACCAGCAGCCAGUACAGCUUAGGGGAUGGUCCUGACACCUCCUGGAGGGGCAGCUGGAGCAGCCUGCAAGAUCCCCAUGACAAGCUUGACAACAUUUCCAUCGGCAGCUACUUGGACACAUUAGCUGAUGACCUGGAUGAGUACUGCCCCUCCAGUGGGACUGAUUCUAUUCUCUGUCCUGCCUCUAUGGGUACGGAGGGCUCCAGAUGUACUGGAGGAGGGAUAAGCAGUGCCACCGCAUCUGCAACCAGAUAUCCACAAGUCAAGUCUGAGACUCCUAAGGAAGAAGCUCAGAUUUGGAGUAAAGCGGUUUCUGAGACAGGGAGGCCACAACCUUCAGUCAACUAUGACUCGAAUCAGGCACAGCCCUCCAAGACCAAAGGAAUCCUUGAUAAAGCAGUGAAGCAAAUGGUUGGCUCAGACUUAUCCAGGGCCUGUCUGACUGAGAAGCUUGGGACGAGUUUGAGCCCUAAAGUGAAAACACAUAAGAAUGGCAAACUUGAGCUGGAGGCCUGCAAAAUGAAUGGCAAAGUUGAGCUAGAGGCCUGCAAAAUGAAUGGCAAAGUUGAGCUAGAGGCCUGCAAAAUGAAUGGCAAAGUUGAGCUAGAGGCCUGCAAAAUGAAUAGCAAGGUUCAACUAGAGUAUGACGCACACUGGCGCUGGGUUCAGUCACAGGAUGAUGUGACAUUUUUGUGAUAAUGUAGAUUAUUAUCAAGCCAAAGGUGUUGAUCAGAGACUGGUCUGUUUCUCUAGUCUCCACUGAGCUUUUGUUUGCAAACAUUGAUGUCAGAUUUAUUUGAGGACAACCUCUCAAAAUAGAUCUUAAAAUGUCAGAGGUUAAGCGCCUGAUCUGUGUGGGUCAAAGUUUGAAAACCCUGAAUUAUACAUGGUGUUUAUUUUUCUCAGUGUUAAAAUACUUUUUCUUCUCCUCGCUUAAUAUGUAGAGAUAACUAUAAGCAAUUCAUCGGUUAAAGGUCCUGUAAGCGAUUUCAUCCAUUCUACUUCCUUGAGACUGAGCUGUUGCUGAGCCAUGCCCCCUCUUUCCAAAACCCAGCACUCCAAAGAUAACAAAUGAGCUUUAAUGAGACCAAUAUUGUGCAGAAAUGGAUGUUUAAAACAACCGCAGCAAAAUAGCGCCCUCAACAGACGACUGUUAUGAACAACAUGGCUUAAAAAUGUCAGUAAGCCUCAAUAAUUUGCUGCAACUACAAUACUAUGAGAACGUUCAAAAUGAUUGACAGGUCAAAAGCAUCAUUGUCUGUGGCCCAGGGACACAUUUUUAUUUGCUGUUUACAGACUCUAGUGCUAUCAGGUGAGAUAUCUUACGGUGUAGGAACAUUUUUGCAUAUCUUUCCAUGAAAAAAUAGCUUACAGCACAUUUAAUUCCCCCAAAAAGUGUAAAUAUUGUUGCUCUCUGGUUCUGUUGAAACAUUGCUCUGUUUAUUUGAGCAUCCCGACUAGCCCUACAUUGCAACAUUGUCUCAACCAAUAGUGUGAGUUUGGGCCAGGUCUAUUUGUACUCUGUCCAAGUGUUUGUAAACAAAAAUGUUUUUGCAGUUCUGUUUGGUGACGUUUGGUGGCCCAGAAAUGACACAUUUCACCUUGAAUUAUAUUAUAGGUUAUGUAGAUGUUAAAGGAUGCAUGUUUCAAAUGUCGGUUUUAUAUGCAAAUCAUAAUCUUUUCUUAAGUGGCAUCUAUUUCCAGAAUUUCAGCACAACUAUUUAUUAACAAGAGUCAUCUUCUUCAAUUGUUUUAUUACUGUGCAAGUCAGUUACUUAUAUCCCUUAAAUUAUAUAAUUGCUCUAAACUUACUCUCUAAGCAUAUGUUGUUGCUGUUUUCUAUUUUAAGGCCUGUCAGAGAGUUCAUCUCUUAAAGAGAACUAUAAAACAGUCCUCAGAAGCAAUCAGUCCUCAGAAAAAAGUUAAGAAGAUGACGAAUCAUGUAUUCUAGUGGGCCGUUCAGACCAAAUGCGUUCUUGCUUUAAAAAAUAAAUAAAAUAAAAGCAAUAAAUGGAACACAAUGCAGGUGCCUCGGGACUAAUUUGUAAAAUUUUAAAUGUUUUUAAAAGUUCUUUUAACGCGACACAACAUCUUAAAACCUCAACAUUUAUGCGGAAAACACUGCAAAAACAGUGAGUAAUGACACAACUGACGCAAUCACACAUUCUGUUUGAACAGCCCCUUAGUCUGUUAUUUGCUCAUGUCUACAUAAUGCACCAGUGCUUACAAUUGAAAAGAACAUUGAUCAUUUCCUUAAUAUUUCCGAGUGGACCAAAGUUUGUUUAGCUAACACAAACCAAGAGGUUGAAACCACAUAUUUUUUACAAAAUCACAAUGAAAUAGAUGUUUUUUAUGCUGUGGAUGACCAUUUUGUCUGACCUUUCUGGUGAUUACAAUAAUGAAAAACAAUAGGAAAUCAAACAGGAGGAAAUAUUUAAAUCAUACUUAAUUUACUACCAAAGUCUUAAAUCUCCCUAUAGUGCACUCUUUUGAGUUAACAUUUUAAUGUCACAAAUUAAUUCUGAAUACCAAGCAUGUUCCCAUCUGUUACAAUGUGACCCUGUUACAAAAGGCAGUGUCCAGAAUAAGCAACACCCUUGAGUUGCCUUUGACAAUUAAUUAUACAGGAUACAUUUAUUAGACUAAAAAGCCACGCAUUUCAGCACACAAGCCUUCAUCAGGUUUUACUUCAACUAUACAUUGUCUUCUCCAUGCACCAGACUGAUUACUCUUUUCUGAUGACAUUUUCUCCAUAUCUAAAAUGUUUAUUUGAAAGCUGCUUGUACUAUUUGUCUGUCAGAAUGAAUAUGUAAUCAAUGAGUAAAAUGCUGUAAUUGAAAUCUUUUAAUCAGGUAAACUGGGUGUUAGGUUUAGAGCAUAAACAACGAUUUUGGAGUACUUGUUUUUACUAGUUCUUUUGAUCGCCGAUGCCAGAAACUUUGUGAACGUGAAUGUCAAAUAUUGUUAAUUUUACUGCACAGUUACAAGUAGUAAUGUUCAAACAAUCCAAUUCCAUGGAGAACAGUGAUUAUGCUGUUGUCUUGGAAGUGGCAGGAUGCCAUUUCCUUACAAUGAGGAGAUUUAUUUUAGCACUUAAAGUGCAAUUGUAAUUUAAAGUUGCUCAGAAAUGGCCAACUCUUACCAAUUAAUAUAAUUCUAUAUGUGGUGUAAAUGUUUGGCUUGUCACGGUGUUAGCACUGGAUAUAAUCCUGCAUUGCCUGUUUUGUAUGCAAAGAGAACUGCAUUGUUAUGAAAUAUAUUUUUGGUCUAAUUGAGCUUAGCUACAGAACUAUCAGUAUUCACUAAUAUAACAUUUAGUGUUAUGUAAUAAAACAUGGUACAUGACAAAAUGUUGGAUUUUAUUUCUAAACGUGAAAACCAUGUAUUCAGUUUGUAUUUAGUAAUGUGUGCAGUAUUUAUGCAUUCAUUGUUUUGUUUUCUGCAGAACAAGAUGACAGUAUUAUAACUACAGUAAGCUCAGAUCAGGCCCUCUCUUCAUCUCACAAACACCCACUCUUAGUUAAUAAUGUCUCUGUGCCUCUUGGAAAAGGGUUUCCAUGACUACUGAAUAUAUAUAUGUAACUUUGUGUGUUGCUCAGCUGUUUGGUCAGAAUCCAAUAGAGCAAUAUAGACUGUCCAAUUCCAAGGGGCUACAGUAAAGUGGAUUAUGGCAGGAAUAGGGGAAGAUAUUGUGAUGUGUGAGGGUAAUCAAGAAGGACUGAAAUGAAAUAUUGGAUGAAGGAUGAAAUAAAA